AUGGCGGCGGCCGGAGGACCCGACCCGUUAUUCGGAUUGAGGAACAAUUUCUACUUGGGAGCGUACCAAGCCGCGAUCAACAACAGCGAAGUCCCUAACCUUUCUUCAGACGAAAUCGUUGAGAGGGAUUCUCUCGUUUACCGCUCUUACAUUGCCCUCGGGAGUUACCAGCUUGUGAUUAAUGAGAUUGAUUCAACUGCUGCAACGCCUCUUCAGGCUGUGAAAUUGCUUGCUCUGUAUCUCUCAAGCCCUGCAAACAAGGAAACGACAAUUUCGAGCCUUCAUGAGUGGUUAGGAGAUCCAGCCGUUGGAAACAACCCCAUUUUACGGCUUAUUGCAGGGAUUAUAUUCAUGCACGAACAGGAUUACAAUGAGGCGCUGAAACAUACUAAUACUGGGGGAACGAUGGAACUUUACGCUUUGAAUGUCCAAAUCUUUCUCAAGAUGCACAGGUCAGAUUAUGCAGAGAAGCAACUGAGAGUCAUGCAAGGAAUAGACGAAGACCACACCCUAACUCAACUUGCCAAUGCGUGGCUAAACUUGGCUGUGGGUGGUUCAAAGAUCCAGGAAGCAUAUCUUAUUUUCCAGGACUUCUCUGAGAAGUACCCAAUGACUGGUUUGAUUCUGAAUGGUAAGGCUGUUUGCUGCAUGCACAAGGGAGAAUUCGACGAGGCUGAAACACUACUGCUUGAGGCCCUAAACAAGGACGCAAAGGAUCCGGAAACUCUUGCGAAUCUUGUUGUCUGCAGUCUUCACCUUGGGAAACCAUCAUCACGCUAUCUCAGCCAAUUGAAAUUGUCAGAUCCAGAGCACAUAUUGGUGAAGCGCGCAUCAACUGCGGAAGAGAGUUUCGACAGAGCAGUUCAAACAGUUGCAUGA